GGAAAUAGUUUUGGGAACAACGGGGAAAAUCCUGAAAGACUUUAGAGGAGGAGGAGGAGGAGGAGGUGUUGGUCGGUUAGUCUCUUCCAAUUGUUGUGCACUCACUCCAUAUCUCGCAUGGGUCCCAAACAGGCAGGCGAUGGCCUUCGCCGUCGUCGCCCGCGUGGACCGACCCUCCUCCCUCUUCCCCCCACUUUACUUUCCUUUCUUCUUUCCAAGGGAUCCAUCGUUAUCGAUUUGCCGAUUGUGUGCUUCAUCACUGGGAUUCCGAAUGAGUCCAACAAAGUCUACAGUACGAGUAUGUAAGCAACAGCAAGCCAAGGGCCGAUGCCGUUCCAUCCGAGGGCUCCAGUCGGAAGGCUUGAUGAGCGGGCAUUGCCGCCCUCCAUCCAAACAAGAAACUUGCCGAGGUCAAUGCUCACUUGACUUGGAGAGUGGGGAGCUGGUUUCUUAUCCGAGUCUCUCGGUAGAACUGUGCAAUACAUACCUUGUAACCAGUUGCCAGUCUUGUGAGUGGUCAUCAUUGCUGCUCCAGGCUAUGGUUGCCAGAAGAGAUUCAGUUCUUCCCUUCAUCAUUGAGCAUACGACGAACGCCAUGAGGCUCUUAACUGUACUCACUUGAAUCUAGGUGCAGCUCACUAUAAUAGAAAUCUCAUAGGAGUUGCUGCUCCGAUGAUGAGAGCAAGCUCUCGAGCAAUAACAAUGGUACAUUGGUCAGCCUCUGGAGUUUGAGCUCGAUUCCACCACGUUUGCAAGACAUUUAAGCUUAAAAUCAUUGACAGAGACGUCUGGGGUGAGUAUGCCGAUUGUUCAGACUGCAUCCAGCCCGGUUGACUCUUGUG